GUGCGGGAGGCAGAGGCUGCAGCUCGCCGACAGACCCUGGAGGUGACUUGGGCGGCCCUGGUGAGGUACACCGAACAGCAACAGCUGAUGAAGCUGUACCAGAGCUGGGCAGAUGUCCACCGAUUGCGGGCCAAGCUGGAAUCAGCAUGGCAGGCAUGGCUUGCCUGGUUCCGGAAGCGGGGGAAG